UUACUCGCAUGUUAAUUUUUUUAGAUACAGUAGUUCUUAGUGCUAUUUUAUUGCAAAGUGAAGUUGAGGAAGAGUGCCCUUGUUGUCUGCGGCUGCUGGAAGCAGGACCUGACGAGCCAUCAUGCCUAACGGCCUGAAUGAUCUGACUGACCUCUAUGGGUCUCUGGACAUCGAGCAGGAUGAAGGUAGCUUGGAAGCAAUAAUGCGAAUAAACGCUUUUCUAAACAACAACUUAGACCUUCGUGGAAUAACUACAGAUCACACACGCAAAAAUUCUAUUGAUGUGAUUGAUCGACCAAACUACUCAUCUGGCCUUAGAUCUAGUGACAUAAAUGCAAUGUUGACGGAACUGAUGAAUGGCACAGAAGGAAACAGUGGUGAUCUUGGCCCAGUUGGUCCCAAGAAAAUUAUUCUUAACACUUUCGCGCUCCUCAAAAUUGGUGAAACAUCAGAUAUAAUGAGAAGCAUCAGCAAAGUUCAGCACUGGGUAUGUGGGCAGAAUAGUGUAUUCAGCUACUUGGAUGAUAGCCCACAAUCAAGUGGGUCUAGUGGCUCCCGCCAUUCAUUUAGUUAUUCGCCAACACCUGCAAAUAUUGCACGUCGAAUGAGAGCCUCCACUACUAGUGAGCCUGGAAGUCCAACAAUGGAAGAUGCCAUUCUUAUGGGGUGUCAAGACAAUAAUGCAUUUGGUCUUGAUGCAAAUGCAAACAAAAUAACAGACAUAACCAUUGCUGACCUUGUAAGCUCCCUGAGUCUUGGAGGUGGUAACAGCACUUCAGCCAGUCAAGUGGGUCACCGAUCAAUUGAUGGGUUGAAUCGCACCAAUGCUGGUAUUGCCAAUAACAGUAUGUUCAAUCAAUCACCAUUGCAAAAUUCACUACUAGGUUUGCAACAGCAACAGCAGCUAGGGAGUAUGGGUCCCAUGAAUAGCAACACUGCAAAUGAUUCAAACUCGAAUGCCCAGCUUUCCCAAGGUGUUGAUUUGACAAAUUUGGCUCAGCUACAGAAUGCAUGGUUAACAACUCAUCUUUUUCCUAAUAUAGUUGAUGGAUCAAGCCUUUUGAGUCCAGAGGCAAAAUCCCCUGGACCUCUUGUUAGUCUGUUGACUAAUACCACUGAUCCAUAUUCAAUUGAGAAGGCUGCAAAAUUGCACCGAAAUGCUGCUGCUGUUUGUGAUGCGACAUGUACUUGGAGUGGCCAGUUGCCUACUAGGAUGCACAAGAACCCCAUAUACUCAUGUAAGGUUUUCCUAGGAGGAGUACCAUGGGAUGUCACAGAAUCUGCAUUAAAGCAGACAUUUAUGCAUUUUGGAAACAUCCAAGUAGAGUGGCCUGGCAAGGAAAAUUCUGCAAAUCCUCCCAGAGGCUAUGUAUACAUUCUCUUUGAACAUGAAAAGCAGGUAAAGUCUCUUCUGUCGGCCUGCAGCCAGGAUUUCAGCAUUGGUGGCAACUACUAUUACAAGAUAUCUUCAAGACGUAUUCGGCAGAAGGAGGUACAAAUUAUUCCGUGGGUGAUAAGUGACAGCAACUAUGUCCGUUGCCCUUCAUAUCAGUUGGACCCUGCAAAAACUGUGUUUGUAGGGGCACUACAUGGCAUGUUAAGUGCAGAAGGUCUUGCCAACAUCAUGAAUGAUUUGUUUGGAGGCGUUGUUUAUUCAGGUAUUGAUACAGACAAGCAUAAAUAUCCAAUUGGAUCUGGCAGAGUAACUUUCAACAAUGUGCAGUCUUACAGAAAGGCAGUUAGAGCAGCAUUUAUAGAAAUCAAGACACCAAAAUUUACAAAAAAGGUGCAAGUAGAUCCAUACUUGGCUGACUCCCUCUGCCAGCUGUGUGGCAUGCAACAGGGUCCAUAUUUUUGUCGUGAUGAGAAUUGCUUCAAGUAUUUCUGUCGCUCGUGUUGGCAGUUGACUCACCCCGUUGAUGCGCAUGGAGGUCACAAGCCGAUAAUGAGAAAUUCCAAGCUGCGUACUCAGACCACGCUCAACCGUGUAAUUUAAGUGUGCUAACAAAAGCCUCUUAGUGUUUUGUUUUUCUACUAGAAUUUUUUUUAGAAGAUUUUGUAAAUUGAAUCUAUACAUUGUUCUAUUAAGGUGGAGUUCUAUAUUGAUUAUAUUAAUUUUUGUACUUUAAAGUCACACAAUGGAUGUGCUUGUCUUUUGACAAGACUGAUUUUAGUAACAUUUUUUUUUAUGUGGAUUUACGAAAGUUGCUUGAUCUAUUACUGUAUCAUUGGUCAAGAUUGUAGUGUUGGUGUAUGAUCUAUCUUCAUGGUAUUGUAUUUGCCAAUGAAAUUUUCAUAGUUUAAUAUUUAGAUUCCAUCAGCUUUUAUAUAGGCCAAUUCUGAGUAUUUUUAUUACUGCAUAAAUGACAUAAAUGGUAUCCCCAGCGUUUUAACAUUUACAUCAUGCUUAAAGCUGUAUGGAAAAAGCCUUUCUGGCUUGAUAGAUUUUUAAAUUUGAAGCCUUAGAAUUUUAGUGCAGUCCACCAGAGCACUGUUUUAUUAAUUUUCGGUUCUUAUUUGUGCCUAGCACAAAACUGAAGGAAAUUCAGCUAUAUAUGAUUUUACUUAAUUUAGCGUCUGUGUGAACUUUUCGUUGGUCAUGAGUUUGGGCAAAGUAUUGUUUUGGGUAGGCAGCACAAUUUGUCCCAAAUUUUAAUAAGGGAUUUUCUCAUUAGCCUUUAUUUUAAUGUGUGAAUUCCAUAUGGAGGAAGUUUGAAGAUUGAAUGCUUCCAACCUCCAGUAUUUACUUCACUGAAGAAAAAAGCUAUAUUAGGUGUAUUGUGGUAAUGGAGAUGGGGCAGGCUGAUAGUGUAUAGGUGGCAUUGAUAAUGUCUAGACUUUACAAAUUUUUUUACACAUUUUAGGGAAUGAUCUACUGAAACUGUGUGGGUGGUGGUUCAGUUGUAUUUUAAGCACAAAUCUUAAUUUUGGACCAUUGAGUGGAAAUGCUUCUUUAAACUUGAUGCCAACAUUUUUACUUGUGUUGUGUGAGAGGAUUAUUAUGAUGAUCAUUUAAAUUUUCUACUCAGAUGGUCUUGUUUUAGCACAGUACUAACUUUUACUUGAAUACUGAUAACUUGUUAUAAAAUUGAAAAUUUUGGCACCUGUCAAAAUUAAAAUGAAAGAUUAUAUUUUUGUUGUUCCAGCAAUACUUUCUUGCAUUUUACUGAUGAAAAUUUGGGGGAUUUUCUUACUUUAAUUGUGCUUAGUGUUGUCUCUUUUUACUUGAUGAAAGUCUUGAAUUAUAACGGAUUUGAUCAAUUGAAAUUGCAGAUGUUCAAAACAUAAAUCUGUUUUUAAUCUAGAUGAUUUAUGUACCAUGUUGAGUAACAUGUAAUUUUACAGGCUGAUAAUUCCGGUGACGACUUGGCAUGUUUAAGGACGACUCUGUUUUGCAUACAACUCGAGCAUAUUUUCCUAGAGAAUAGCUUGGUCAUUAGUUUUCAUUUACUGUAUGAAGGUACUCCUAGAGCAUCUAAUACUGAAUUAAUAGGAUGUUUGUUUUACCAUUAACAUUGAAUUUGUGAAGAAUUUAUUUUAUUUUUGUUACUAGUUUUUUUUGGGAAUAUAAUUUGCUAUUA